CGCCCCCACCCCCCCGAUGGCACACCCAGUAAAAUCCCUGGGGGGAGUAGGUGUUUGAUAUAGCUGGAGAGGGCCAGAUUGGUAAGGCUAGAUGAGGAGAACAUGAGAGUGGGGUGUGGGGGUGCAGAGCAAACGACUUUGUGGACCCAGCUCUGCCUGCUAAUUGCCCACCUGGAAGUACAAGAGGGGCAGAUGUGUCAGCUGCCACCUUGGGGAGUCCCUUGUCCUCACAGCAACAUCAUAGAUGCACCUUUCUGCACAAAGCAGUCUUGGGUUCAAGCAUCUAUCUAGGUUCUCUCUGAAGUAAGGAUAUUCUUUUGACAUUCUGCCAUUGCCCUUUAAGUUGAAACAAAGGCCCUCUAGCCUUCUUGCUCAGUUGAAUUCAGAACUGACAUCAGAAACAGCAACAUGCAGAAAUCUGCAGGAGGGCACUUCUGCUUCCCAGAGCGAUCUGAAUACUGAGCUUAAACUGGCCAUUCCUGGGCAAAGACACUUCAAGAGGAUGUUAGAAUGAGAAACCGCUGAGUCCAGAGGUACAUUCCUUGCACCUUGAACUGCCAUAAAGGAUUUAUUUUUAAAAAAUGCUAUGGGUACCUUCAGAUAAGACAUCUCAGCUGCAGAAGUUUCUAGGGCGAUGUUUCCAAAUAUGACCUUCAGUUCAUAGCCCUCCUGUGCUUUCCCAUGACCACCUUCAUUCUUCAUUGAGGAGGAGGAGCCAUGAAGGGGCACAAAGCCUUUUGAUGGGCUUUGUAUACUUACGAAGAUGACUCUGACAACCUGAAACUGGCUGCCUCUGGAACUGGUGGCCUACAAGAGCUCUCCAGCCAUUUUGUGAAUCAGAAGGUGAUGUACGGAUUCUGCAGUGUCAAAGAUCCCCAGGCCACCCUACCUAAAUAUGUCCUUGUUAACUGGGUGGGAGAGGAUGUAGCCGAUGCCCGCAAGUGUGCCUGUGCCAGCCAUGUGGCCAAGGUUGCAGAGUUCUUCCAGGGUGUGGAUGUAAUUGUCAAUGCCAGCAGCGUGGAAGACAUCGACCCAGGGGCUAUCGGGCAGCGGCUUUCCAAUGGCCUGGCCCGCAUCGCCAGCCCAGUGUUGCACCGCCUUCGCCUGCGGGAGGAUGAGAACGCCCAGCCUGUGGGCACCUCCUAUCAGAAAACUGAUGCCGCUGUGGAGAUGAAACGACUCAACCGAGAGCAAUUCUGGGAGCAGGCCAAGAAAGAGGAGGAGCUGCGCAAAGAGGAAGAACGGAAGAAAGCCCUGGAUGAGCGGCUGCGCUUCGAGCAAGAGCGCAUGGAGCAAGAGAGGCAGGAGCAAGAGGAGCGUGAGAAGCGCUACCGGGAGCGCGAGGAGCAGAUCGAGGAGCACAGGCGGAAGCAGCAGAGCUUGGAAGCAGAGGAAGCCAAGCAGCGGUUGAAGGAGCAGUCCAUCUUUGGGGAGCAGGAGGACGAGGAGGACAGGCAGCAGCCCAAAAAGCCUGAGUCAGAGGUGGAGGAGGCAGCCGCCAUCAUUGCUCAGCGCCCGGAGAACCCCCGCGAAUUCUUCAGGCAGCAAGAGCGAGUGGCGUCAGCCAGUUCAGAGGCACCCUCACCCUUCAACAGAACAGCAGGUCGUCUGCACUGUCCUUUCAUAAAGACACCUGACAGUGGGCCGCCUUCCUCCUCCUCUUCCUCCUCCUCCCCUCCACGGACUCCCUUUCCCUAUAUCACUUGCCACCGCACACCAAACCUCUCCUCCUUCUUCCCAUGCAGCCAGACGGAAACACACAGAAAGGUCUCGGCCUCUGCCAGUAGCCCCUGCGAUUCCAGUACAGCCUCAACGCCUGUGGGGGAGCAGAUUGAGCGUGCCCUGGAUGAGGUAACGCAGCAGGGUGCACUCAAAGACUCCUCCAGCCCAAGCAGUGAGGAGACGGCGGGGGCUUCUGCUGUGAUUUGGGCUCCCCCCAGCGCAGAGCAGCCUGUGGAGAAGACGGAAGAGCCGCCCGGGGCACCAGCCUGGCAGGGAGCCGGCUGGACAGAGCCGCAGCUCAGCGGGACUGGCCCCACUGAAGACCUGGUGUUCGCAGAGCCCAAGGAGGAGGAGCCCCUCUUCCCAGAAGCUCCUCCUCCCAAAGAAGAGCCUCUGUUCCCAGCAGCCCCACUGGCUGCCCAAAGCGAAGGUGCCCUGGACCUGGGGGAAGCCUUUGGCUUUUCCCAGCCACCUGCUCCGCCAUCAGAGAACAUCCUCGACUUGUGGCAGAAUGACAGCACGGCAGUGGAACCCACCCUCCCUGACGCCUGGGAGCUUCAGCAAGGGGGUGGGCCCCCCACCCCUGCCCCGUGGGACCUUCACGAUGGGCCUCCGGUGCCUGCCCCGAUGCUGGUUGAGGUCGAUGUCCCUCCCGGGGCACCAGAGCCCCUCUCCUCUGCAGGCCUUCCUGAAGACAACCUGCUGAACUUCAAUGACCUCCCGGAGCCCCCAGCCACCUUCUGUGAUGCUGAGCAGGACGAAGAGCCGGCCAGCAUCAUUGCAGUCGAGGGGCUGCAUCAGAUGACCCUCAGCUAUCAGCAUGCCCUGCAGGAGGCCUCUGGGGUGCACCAGGAGCCCCAGCUGCUCACCAAUGGGGAGACUGCCCAGAAGGAAAGCACGCAGACCAGUGAGGGUUAUUUCAGCCAAUCGCAAGACGAAGACUUCAACCAACCCGAGGAACCAUCUGCUAAAGCUCCUCCUCCAGUGUUCUACAAUAAGCCCCCAGAGAUCGAUAUCACCUGUUGGGAUGCUGACCCUGUGCCAGAAGAGGAGGAGAGCUUUGGGGGCAGUGUUUAAGGCCGGCUCCCUAGUCCAGCCCUUGGUAUCCUGCACCCAGCAAGCCCAGCGUGUGUAAGCCUGGAGCCACCGCAGUGAGGGCCUGGUGCCUCUUUGCUCCGUAUUGUAGCCCUGCGGUCCAAGGCCUCAGGUUGUGCCCCAGCCAGAUAGGAUAUACUCCAUGGUACUCCGGGGUAACUUUUUCCAAGCGCGCGCUCUUCUCUCUUUCUCUUUCUCUCUCUCUCUCUCUUUUUCUAAUGUUGUCAAAUAGGAAAUGUGUAAAUCUGCCUGGUCCCCUCUUUGUUGGUAGCUUCCCUACAGAUCCCAUUCCUGUUGCCUCUUCCCACUGGGUUUUUUCUGAUCCCCUCCCCCAAUGCCUUUUAUGCCAUCUGGGUUGAUCUCCUGCGUGUGCUGCUCUUGGGGGGUGGAUGGGGAGGGGCGUUUCCUCCCCUCAGACGCUACCCAGAGCUUUUGAGUAUUUUGCACGAAUUUAAAAUAAAAUAUGGCAAUAAAAUGGCCCCGUGCGGGCAAGGCUCUGGUUCCCUGUCCCCCACCUCCGGCACUUGGUCCCCAACACACCUGGCCCCCCGGGAAGCGACAAGCACCCUGUGCAGCUCUGGUCUCCAGCAGGAGUUCGCAGCAAGGAACCUUUUCCCCACCACCGUUCAGCUCCAUGGCCCUGUGUUUGAGAGCGAGCCCAUUCCGGACGCUUCUCCUGAGGCGCUACUGGCCUGGAGAGCCUGGGACACGGGGAGACUCUGGCUGGGCUCUCCUCUCUCUUUCCCCGCCCUUCUUUCCUCUUCCAUUCCAUGCUUGGUUUCCUUUCUCUCACGUACAGUAAUUGGGUUUUUUUUUUUUUUUUUUUGGAAAGCACAAAUUCUGUAACAGCAAUGUGCUUAUGUAUGUUAAUAAAUAAAUUGAUUCCAAGCAGGGCAGCUGGCUUUGCAGCACAGGG